GAGUGACAUGCUUCUGGGUUGCUUCGGUGCAAAGCUAAAGCGUGUUCUUAAGUAACAGUGCGGCUUGCAGCGAGAGGCCUGUUUAUGCAGCAGCUGGGGAGAUGACAGGCGCCGGAUGGUCAGGGCUGCUGUCCCGGCUCAGAACUGAGCCUCUGCCGGUUCACUCUCUCCAGCACAGAUCUUCACGGAUUGCUUUGCCUGGGUCCCAGCCGCCCCGUGUCGCCGGCUGUCACAGAGUCCUCGUCGCCCAGCGAGUGCUCGGCGGGUCUAGGGCUCCACAUUUCGGGCGCACAGUGCGUCCCUCGGUGGUGGCUCCCUCUUCUGAUCAUCCUGCCCUGCCCACCGCAGACAUCUGGAGGCGGGCCCUGAACACUGAAUCCUAAGAAGUUUGUCAGAGUCUCACUGACACCUGUCUUGGCAUGCGGGGAGAGUCCUACUUCAUCGGCAUGAGGAGCCUGGGGCCACCAGGGCACAUCCCUGAGGACGGAGGACUUUUCUUACUCUGCUGUGUAGAGAGAGACUGGGCCGUCACACGGUGCUUUGCCGAAGAAGCCUUUCAAGCGAUUACUGACUUCAACGACCUCCCCAAUUCCCUGUUUGCAUGCAACGUCCACCAGUCUGUGUUUGAAGGAGAGGAGAGCAAGGAAAAGUUUGAAGGGCUGUUCCGGACUUACGAUGAUUGUGUGACGUUCCAGCUGUUUAAGAGCUUCCGACGCGUCCGGAUAAAUUUCAGCAGCCCUAAGCCUGCAGCCCGCGCCAGGAUAGAGCUUCAUGAAACCCAAUUCAGAGGGAAAAAACUAAAACUCUACUUUGCCCAGGUUCAGACCCCAGAGACAGAUGGAGACAAGCUGCACCUGGCACCACCCCAGCCCGCCAAGCAGUUCCUCAUCUCGCCCCCGUCUUCGCCACCCGUGGGCUGGCAGCCCAUCAGCGACGCCACACCCGUGCUCAACUAUGACCUCCUCUAUGCCGUGGCCAAACUAGGACCAGGAGAGAAGUAUGAGCUCCACGCAGGGACCGAGUCCACCCCAAGCGUCGUGGUACACGUGUGUGACAGUGACAUCGAGGAAGAGGAAGAGCCAAAGACUUCCCCAAAACCAAAAAUCAUCCAGACUCGGCGUCCCGGGCUGCCACCCUCUGUGUCCAACUGAAUUGACCGCUCCACCUUGAUGAGAAUAUCUGUCUCCUCUUUAUCAUGCUCCCCCACCCCAUUGUUCGUCAGAAAAAUUAAUUGCCUUUAAAUCCCUGGGUAUUUGGUUGAGAUUCCUUCCUUGAAAUCAAGCCUCUCAGACAAAAGGGCUAGGCAAAGGUGAUAUGGCUCCUGAUCAUAUCAUACCCAUGACGUAUAACCCGCCAUCUAGAAAGUCCUAGGGGAAGAAAAAGAGUAGUAUUUUCUUAUUAAACAGUGAGCACAGCCAACAUCUUCAUUCUUGCGUGUUGAUCCAAGCCAGAGACAUCAGUAACAAAUAGCACCAGUGUUGUUUGUGAGUUGUUUCAGUCCCUGUCCUGAUAUGGGCACUGUAGUGUUUUUUUUUUUUUCUUUUGGGUUUUCCUGGCCACUUAAAUAGGACCAUACGUAAACUUGACUUUGACUGCAUGAGAUUUCCCUCUCUGGUCUCACUCAGUCCUCUGCAUCCCGACAUUCCCAGGACAUGCAUGAUCACCAGCAUUUAUUUUCAUGAUUUGAGGAUAUUGUAACUCACGAAUUGUCAGCAUCCAGCCAUGUCCUCACUAGACUAAGAAUUUUAUCGGUAGCACCCAGUUCAACAAGUCUGGGCAGAGUCACAAUUUUGAGUCAGUACUUCAUAGCUCUGUCAAAAUUCUCGGAGGCAAAGCUGAGCUUGGCCCCAAAGAUACCCCCCUCAUAUCUACAACACCUCUUCCAUGCAGUACUGCCCACCUCUCUGGGGAGGCUUGUCCAGGGUGAUAGAGACCGAUUUCAGACAAACCUGUUUAUUAUCCAAGUCUUGCAGUGUCUGAACGAUUGUUUUUUUCCUCUUUGUAUAUUUGUACAAAUGUUUCAGCUGUGCUUUUACUAUCUGGAUGUUUUUUAUUUAGAGAUUCUCCAACCAUUAGCUGCUUUAAAACAUACUAUGUGCAUUGCUUAUGAAUGCAUUCAUAUACUAAUGCAGAUAAUCUGAUAAUAUUACACGCCAUUAUGGAUAACGCUGAAUCUUAAAAAGGACACGAAAGCAUCUCAUGCUGAUAGAUGAGUGGCUAGCCAACAUCUUUGCUACUAAGACCACUGUUUUUAAAUAAAGAUGCAUCAGCUGUAGAUAAUUCGGAUGGAGCUCAGUCUCCAGUACGAAGCAGCAGCCGAGCUAUGAAAGUGGGUAAAGACGGCAGGCAUCUGCCGAUCCUACUCGUGCAAGGCCCACGUGCCCGAAAACGUUGUUUGUUUGCGUUACAUGUGGUUUUUCUAUUCUCUAGCCCAAAGUGCAUUACAGAAGAUACACCUAUAGGACCAUCACCUUCCGCUCCAUCUACACAGUUAAGGAAUUCCCUUAGAUGCAAAUGCUGGCCAUCCUGGAGUGGGGAAGCACUUUCUGUACCUAAGCCUCGGCCACACAGGCAAGAACAAUAACAAAGCCAACGGCGGAAGGAUUGUUGUGGUUUUGACUAAGGUGUAUGUUAGUUUCAUCAGAAACUUCAAGCUUCUGAUCACUCAGAAAAUAAAGUCCGUUCUACUGUGAAUAUAGCAAUAUAGUACUGCACACAGUACAGGUGAAACUGAAGAGGGCGUUAGUUCUAAGAUCCUGAGUUUCCAUAGGGGGAAAUGACUCCUUUCAAAAAUAAAAUCUGAGGAGUGGAUAAAUGAAUCUUUUGUAGUGGAGGGUUAGAAUUUGGGUGGACAGAGUAGACUUAGUAAUGGAGAACGAGUGCCCCCUGGUGGAGAAAUGCGGGACUAAGCUUUUCAGAGGAAUAAAAAUUUAAAGUCAGGCAAGCGGUCCCACUGUCUCAUGGGAGACCUUGGCUUUUUAAGCUAUCCCGUAUUCCCAGGAUGCAUAUAAGAGAGUGUUUGGAAAUGACUUUUAAAUGUCACAAAUAAGUCAUAUCAUAAAUUGCCAGCAACUUAGAAAAAGCUGAAGUGACCAUCCCGUGUCAUUGUGCAAACCCAGUGGCGUCUGUGACCGUGGUGGUUAACCUUAGUAACCUGCACUGCCACGUAUCCCCGUCCAUCUGCCUGUCCCAGAUCAAGCAGAGCUGGGCUCCAGGGAGGCGGAGGAGCGGCAGGAAAGGGCAAGGCUCCUUGCCGUGCCUCAAUGGGACCUCUUCGCACUGUAAAAGUCACAAUCGAUCGCCUCAGCGUUUCUGUGCUGCACACGAUGUAACUUCUUUAGCACCAUUGUAAGUUUGAAAACUUUUCAUAUAGAGGGGAGAGGGAAGAUUCCCGCCAACUGAUCAUUUGUGCACGUGUACAGCUCAAAGAGCUUAGAUUUCAAAUAUAUCUGGUGAAUGAC